AUGUGCGAUUUUCGAAAGAAAUUGUUGAUUAAUCUUGCAUGUAGCCAUCUAGGCUUUCAAAUAACAGAAGACACGUGGGAAAAGGAUAUUUCGAAUAUCAAUAUCCUUGAAGACUUUCUAGACAAUGAGCGUAAUUUCAUCGUGUGCGCUAAUUUAGAGUUUCUAUUAACCGACCAAAAUUUAUUGCAAUCUUUAUGCAUCACUUCAUUUCAAGGCUCAUUAAGAGCGGCACUUUACCACAGUUUGGAUAGAGUUUUCUCACCUUUAAUUCACAGCAACUUAAAGCAAUCUGUUAAUAGUUCCAAUAUUGAAAAACACAUAUCUUCAUUACAAGCUGAUUUAAGAUGUUCGUUAUCCGACUUCACCGAAGAUCCGUUAAAGAACGUCGAUGGAAAUUCACUAUCCGUUAUUUUAUCUGUUAAUCACGAAGUCGAGUAUUGGCACAAUGUGUGCAAUUCUUCAAAAAAUAGGAUUGAAAAAACAUCAGGUUCUUCGUUUCUUGAGAUUUUAAAGCCUUUAGCUAGAGACCUAAGUAUUUUAGAAGCUCUACCAAUUUCCGAUGUAGAAAAUGUAUUGGAAAGUGCGCACAAUAUUCUGGAUGAUCUUUGGCGCAACGAACCUCCUUAUCCGAGGAUUCGGAUUGAGCACCUGAUGGAACUGAUCUCUUCGGAUUUGAUUGGGUAUAUUGUGAAACAAUUUGCGGAAAUAAACAUCUGGGAAACAGAAUUUAACGAAGCCAAUGAACUACUCGAUCAGUGUAUUGGUUUAGGGAAUGCAUGGCACUCGACUUGCAAAGAACUUACGGAAAUUUUUUGGCCAAACUACUCGUUGCACCAAUGGAAAGGACCACCUUUUCAAUCAGAAUCUCUUGCGAAACUAGUAAACCGUUUGAAAGAUAUUGUUAACAUAAAAACAGUUCACAAGCAGUUAACUCGAUUGUUGAGCGAAACCGAAAGGAAUGACUUGAACACUGAUGGAAUGUUUAAACCAUUUUUGAAUCUGAAUAUUAUGCAGUGCGGAGAUUACACUCAACAUUCAUGGGAUACAGCUUCCAAGCAAUUUGAGUAUAUGUUGAAGCCGGCGGAGGAAAGAGUAGCGAAUAAAUUGAAGAAACAACUUAAAGCAAUGGAGUCAAAUACGAGACAGCUGAUGCGUGAGUUUGAUCGAUAUUCUGAAUUAAUCGCGAGACCUGUCUUAAAAUCCACUUUGCAAAACGAACGGCAAUUAUUAUUAAGUCUUUUGCAAGACUACAUCAAGAACUUAAGCAUGAAAAUGACUGAAACGCCGUUGCUUUCUACGAAAUAUGAAACACCUCAAGUUGUUGCUGAAAUUAUUGGAACUCGUCAAUUGGAAUCUAAGGCUAAUCAUAUUCUAACUAUAACAAAUAAUUUGUUGGAUGAUUUGUACGGGUUUGAAGAGCUUAAACAAUAUACUUCAGACUUGAUCAGAGAUCUUAAAGCCCAGAAUAAUGAGUUAUUUGAAUCUUGGACGAGUGAAAUUGUUGCUCAAAUAAGAGAUAAGUCACUGAGCUUAUGCGAAACGGAUCCAGUUGUGCAAUUUACAACCAACAAACUAAUGAAAGUUAAUUACGCUCCUCGAUUAGUCGGUUUGAUAUCUGAAGUCCGUCAGUUGUCAGCUUUGGGCUACAACAUUCCUGAAAUCAUAACAAAAACAAGUGAACACGCAAAACAAUUCAUUAAGUUUGCUAAAUAUUUGGAACAGAUUGCGAAUUUUCAUAACACGAUUGGCGACAAAAUGAUCCCUUCUCAAAGACCGAUGAUGCUUAUUAGUGCAGUGGAGUUAUCGCGUCUAGUACAAAAUCAGGAGGUCGUGUCUUGGGGUGAUAUUGAAGCGGUUGAAAAAUAUGUAGAAACUUUAAAAACUGCCGUGGAUAAAUUAUCGACCGAAAACGAUUUGUUGACGUCCUACCAUUUCCAAGUAUUGGAUAAGAUAGAUGCAUUGAAUUCCGUGGAUUUGCUCAAGUACUACGAUAAAUGGAAACUCGCUGCGAAACACAUGAGAGACUUAGUGAGUCAGGUGCAAGCAAAAGGAUUCAUGAGUUUGCAAAAUUGGAAAGUUGAUUUGGACAAAAAACUUUGCACUGUUUUGGAAAAGGAAUACGAGAAAAGUUUAAAUACUGUUCAUCUAUAUUUACCCGAAAUUUACGCAGAGUUAGUGUACAGAGGUAAUAAAUUAGCUUUUGUUCCCGAUGAAAAAACUUUGAAAGACAAAUACGACCAACAGAUGAAACGUUUCUUAGAGAUACCGAGAACUUUCCGCGGAAUAUCAGAUAAUCCGGAACAUUUUUCCAAAAUAUUAGAAAAGUGUCAAGAAAAGUUAAACCAAGUUUCUUCAAAUACCGAUAAAUUGUUUGAACAAUUGGAAGGUGUUAAGCAACAUUGGAGCUCUUGGUUAUCUCUUGGUGUUUUGGAUUCUUCGCAACUAAUUACCAGUCAACAUUGGGAUUUGCAUUUUAGAUCUUCAAAAACGUUUGGACAGGAAAUAGCUAAACUGCCUAGCACGGAAGAACGCGUUGGCUGUUUUAUAAUAGGACUUUCAAGAUUAAGAUCGGAUUUGGAAUCUCACAAUCGCAGUUAUUGGGACCAACUUGUAGUUACUUUGAAAGAUUCAAUUGUGCAGAAUGUACUUAAAUUACAACAAUAUGUUGACACUUCUACUGCGACGCUAAACAGGCAGCCUCUAACUUUAGAUCAGAUUGGAGAAGCUGAUGCGUCUCAUUCUAAUAUUCUUACAGAACGACCAGAAAUGACGAAGAUCUACCAGGAAAUGAUACAAAAAGCAGAGAAUUUAGCAAGUUGGACUAGAGAACGCAUAGAUUCUGUUAAGCGAUUACAAGCGGCUUGGGAAAGAUUAGAGAGUUUAUUGGAAAAUUACCAACAUAUAAUUGCUAAACAAGUAGACAAUAUAAAGAGUUCUUUAAACGUUGCCAACGAAAAUUUGAAUGGAGAGAUGGAACGUUUUGCGGCGAAAUGGGAGCAAGUAAAACCCAGACCGAAUUCCGGCCAAAUAGCUAGUGAAUCUCUAACACAAUUGAAUACGCAUUUGGCAAACAUAAAAGAGAAAAAAGGUCAAUGGGCGCAAAUCGAAGACCAGAGAAAUAAGUUGAUUGAAGAUUAUAAACGGUUUAAUAUGGAAAUUCCAAUGUUCGAAAUAGGUGAGGAAAUUCAGAACGAUCUGGAACGCGAGGAGAAGGUGUGGGAAUUGUUUGAAGAGUUUUAUUCAAAGCUAGAAUCGUUAAGCAACGAAGAGUGGAUUGUUUUUCGCAAGAAAACGUACAAAUUCGAAGAUUUCCUAACGGAAUGGCAAAGUAAAUUGGAGUCUCAAGAAAAUACUGCUUUGGUUACGCGUAUUUUACAAGAAAUACAUAAAUUCCAGGACGCCGUUCCAGUUUUGAAGUAUCUGAAAGGCGAAGAUUUUACGGAUAAACAUUGGAUUGAGGCAUUUUCUAUUUUGGGAAUACCUUCGAAACCAUUGGAUAUGUUAACACUUAAGGACUUUCUAGAAAACCCCAGUGACCUAGCCAUCAAACAAACAGAAUUGCAGGUUUUAUGCAAGAAAGCUGCGAGUGAAAUAAUCGUGAGACAGGCUUUAGCGGAACUGGAGCAAUGGGAUGUGCAAGCUCGGUUCCAAUUGGCUCCGCAUUUGGAUUCCCACGGCAAAGAAAUCCUUCUUAUAAAAGAUUUUAAGGAAAUUUUAAAUAGGAUUGGAGAUAAUCAGAGCCUGUUGCAAUCCGUGAAAAACUCGGCGGAUUAUGAGAGCUUCUCGGAGCGAGCGAACGCGUGGGAAAACCGCUUAGCCGAUUUGGAUCAAUAUUUAACGUCCCUAGCGCAAAUUCAACGAAAAUGGGUUUACUUGGAGCCUAUCUUCGGCAGCGGAACUUUGGGGCAGGAAAAAGCACGCUUCGAUAAAUUGGAACGGGAUUUCCGAAAUGUCCUAAAGUUUAUUGAAAACGAUUCCAGAGUGUGCGCUCUUUGUCGAUAUCCAAAUUUGAGGGCCGUUUUCGAGAAUCUCGCAGAUCAACUGGGAAGAUGCCAGAAAAGCUUGGAAGAUUUUCUUACCGAGAAAAGAAACAGGUUUCCUAGGUUUUUAUUUCUGGGAGAUGAUGAUUUGCUUGAGGUAAUAGGACAAUCCUCGAAAGAACAUGUAAUUCAGUCGCAUCUAAAGAAAUUGUUUUCUGGAAUACAUGGAAUUACAUUGGAUUCUGAUGGUAAAAAUAUAAUUACGAUGAAAUCUCUACAAGGAGAAAACGUUGUACUGUCAACACCGGUUAAUAUAAAUCAGCCAGUUGAGGAUUGGCUAAAUACAUUAGUCAAGGAAAUGCAGCGAACAUUGAAGAAUUUAUUAGUAAGCUGUUUAGGUGAAGGAAAAUCCCCGGAUCCACUAAAAUAUCCGUCGCAAAUCUUAUGUUUAACGGAUUCCAUUAAUUUCACAAGCAAAUGCGAACAAGCCAUUGCUAGUUCAUCGCUUUCUCAACUUUCUCUCACAUACAAAAAUCAAUUGAACUUUUAUAGUUCAUUGGAUUUGAACGAAAACGUCGAUAACGUUGAUGAUUCUCUUGGUAGUAACGAUGAUUCGAACGUUUUGGAAUUGAAGCUUAAGGCGUUGCUAUUAGACACAAUUCACCAUCUUUCGGUUAUCGACGAUUUGAAGGAUAACAAUGUUACAAACAUUAAAGAUUGGGACUGGCAGAAGCAAUUAAGGUUCUAUUCUAACACAGAAGGAGAUGUUAUCAUAAAAAUGGUGAAUGCAAAGAUGGAAUAUGCUUUCGAGUAUAUUGGGAACACGCAGAAAUUGGUCCGUACACCUUUAACGGAUCAGUGUUUCCUAACGUUAACUCAAGCGAUGUAUUUGGGUAUGGGAGGAAAUCCUUAUGGACCAGCUGGAACUGGAAAGACGGAAUCCGUGAAGGCUUUGGGUUCGUUACUCGGACGUCAAGUAUUAGUUUUCAAUUGCGAUGAAGGAAUUGAUACUGCGUCGAUGGGAAGAAUUUUAUCGGGUUUAGUGAGAUCCGGCGCUUGGGGUUGCUUUGAUGAAUUUAAUCGACUAGAUGAGGCCACUCUGUCUGCCAUAUCCAUGCACAUUCAGCCAAUACAAAACGCUAUAAAAAAUCACAAAUCGACAGUCACAUUAUCGGAUAUAGAAAUUGAUGUUAAUAAAUUUUGUGGUAUAUUCGUAACGCUGAAUCCGGCAGGCGGUGGCUACGGCGGAAGGAACAAAUUACCAGAUAACUUAAAGCAAUUAUUCAGACCGGUAAUAAUGACCCAUCCGGAUCACGAGCAAAUCGCCAGAACUCUGUUGCACUGCGACGGUUACAAAAAUGCAAAUUCCAUUGGGAAAAAGUUGAUAGAACUUUUCUCGCUCGCCGAAAAGUUGCUGAGCAAACAGCAACAUUACGAUUGGGGUUUGCGAGCGUUGAGAACGGUUUUGAGUGGAUGUGGAAGAGCACUAAAAGAGUUUAGAAAAUCUCAUGACGAGAUCGGUCCGGAGGCCGAGUGGAAAUUAGUGAUUACGGCGAUACGAUUGGAUACGUUAUCCAAGUUGACAUUUUCCGAUAGUGAAAUAUUCGAUGGUCUCAUAAAAGAUGUUUUCCCUGGAGUGGAAUUCCAGCAGGAAAAUAACGCAAAAAUAUGUAGCGCUUUGGAGGAGAGUUUCUUGGAGCUCGGAAUGCAGAAGAAUGAGAGACAAAUGAAUAAAUGCUUGGAAUUAUAUGAGCAAUUAAAACAGAGGAUGGGUGUGGCUAUCGUGGGUCCUGCGAGUUCCGGAAAAACAACAAUCAGAAAUGUUUUAAUCCAUGCUUUAAUUAAAAUGGGCAGCGUUAUAAAACAGCAUGUUUUCAAUCCGAAAUGCAUGCAGAGAAAUCAACUGCUCGGACAGAUUGACGUUGAUACCAGGCAAUGGACGGAUGGAGUAUUGACAAAGUACAGUUUGGAAGUCACCAACGAGCCAUUAAACGUCUGGUCUCUAAUUGUGAGCGACGGAGAUAUUGAUCCGGAAUGGGUGGAAUCAUUAAAUUCUGUCUUGGAUGACAACAGAUUGCUUUCAUUGCCCUCGGGUUGGAGAGUGCAAUUCGGUCCAAAUGUAAAUUUCAUAUUCGAAACGCACGAUUUGAGCUAUGCAUCGCCCGCGACUAUUUCUCGCAUGGGAAUUGUUUUCUUAAACGAAUCAGAUGUUAACAUCAGAGAUUUUGUGAAUAACUUCCUAUCGAAGCAACCGGAAAACGUCGAAAUGCUUCUAACCAAUUACGUUAAUGAUUAUUUUUAUAAAGCACUAGACUGGAUUCAUAAUGAAGCAGAAUUGAUAAUAGAAAAACCGCAAAUUGCUUUAGCAAGUACAGCACUUUCGCAAUUAGUUGAUUGUGAGAGUAAGGCUCAAUUUGUAGUUGGUCUAAUAAACGGUUUAGGUGGACAAAUUAUCGAAGAUUUUAGAGACAUCUUUGCUCAACAGAUUUUUGAAUGGACCGGUGAAUCCUCUCCGGCGGUUCCGACACGCGCUUUUUAUAACAGAGACAGAGAUUUGGUGGACUCGUAUUUUACAGAUCAGAAACAAAAUGUAAAGGAUUUCCAGCAAGAUAUUUCUUUGGUUUUAACUGCACAAGUUAAACACACCAUCGACGUACUGAGAACAUGGUUUCACGUGGGCAACGAGGAACAUUUCUUAUUAGUUGGUCCCCAUGGAAGCGCAAAGACAUUAAUUUUGGAGUACGUAGUAAGGGAAUUGUCUGAAACAGAAAUCGCGACUAUUCACUGUAGUGCUCAUGUAACUCCGAAAUACAUAAUUCAUAAAAUAAUACAGAACUGUUUGGUGGUCAAUAGCAGCAAAGGGCGCAUCUACAAACCGAGGAGGGGUAAUUUGGUUUUAUAUUUUAAAAAUCUCCACCUACUGAAAACCGAUAAAUGGGGAACGAACAUGCUGAUUGAGUUUUUGCAACAGUUAAUUGUUUACAAAGGCUUCUUCGACGAUACUCUCGACUGGGUACGAAUCGAAAAUAUAACUAUUGUUGGAUCUUUGGAGGCUACAAAUAAACUCUCCUCGAGAUUCACAUCAAUAGUGCAUAUAUGGAACGUAGAUUUACCACAGCACGAAGAUAUAAAUAUAAUUUUUUCAACAUAUCUUGGUGGAAUUUUAAAACAAUGCAUACUCAAUAAUCCUAAAAUCGGAAAACUUACAAAUACUCUACUACAAAUUUAUAAUCAGAUGAAGGACACAUUUACGCAAACCGAUCAACAGCAUUACAAGUUCAGUCCACACGAUGUAACAAACUGGUGUAAAGGAAUUUUAAGAUACAAACUGCAAACAAGUGACGCAGAAACUUUUUUGCUUGAAAUAAUUAGUAACGAAGCUUUACGCUUAUUCUACGAUCGUCUAGUGUCUGACGAAGAUCGUAACAAAAUGAUUGAAAUCAUAAACAACGGUAUACAAAUGGAAUGGAACAAAAUGAAUGUUGUCAGAAAUGUUUUAGAUAACUUUUACGUUGCUUCAUCGCAAUUUAACACGAACAAAUUGUAUACACCUUUAACAAAACUAAAUGCCGAUGAUUGGAGUACAAUUGUCAAUAAGGGCAUUAUACAAUAUGAGCGAGAUGGAUUCAAUUUGAAUAUUCAGAUAAUUCCUGAAUUAUUGUACUUAACUGCAAAUUUGAGCAGAGCUUUAUCCGCAGCAGGAGGUAACUGCGUUUUGGUUGGAAGCGCCGGGCUCGGUAGAAGAUCUGCAUUGAAAAUCGUUUCGACCUUGGAAUCAUCUCGGUUGAUUGUAGCGUCGACUGCAAAUGAAAAUUAUUUUCGCAAUGAGUUAAAAUUGGCAAUGCAAUUUUCGGGCGUUGAAGGUGAACAAGUAUAUUUACUCUUAGAAGAUCAUGUGAUGAAAGGACCAAUUUUGAAUAUACUUAAUAUAUUAUUAUCCUCCGGAGAAGUCCCUGGUUUAUACAAUGCAGCGGAACAAGAAUCUUUGAUUGCCGGAUUAAAGGAUGAAGCCAGUAGGGAAAAUUUCGAUGGGGAUUUAUACAAGUUUUUCGUUGAAAGAGUGAGAAACAAACUACACGUUAUUGUGUGUUUAGAAAAGGAUAACGAUUCAUUUUGGAAAAUCUUAGAAAGUUGUCCUUCGCUCCUCCAAAAGUGUUACCUUUGUUGGAUGAACGAAUGGUCUACGAAAACAAUACAAAGUAUUCCAAAUCUGUUGAUAAAUAAGUACAAUGAAAAGAAGGACAAGGAAGUCCAAGUUGAGCCGUGUGAAGGAUUUGAGAAAAUAUUAAACUCGUCGAUUGAUUCGAAACUGUUAACGCCAAUACGUUAUAUUACAAUGAUUAAUAUGUAUAUAGAAAUAUAUACAGAGAAAGAGAAAAUGAUUAUUAGCAAACAGAAGAAAUUGCAAGCGGGUGUUGCUAAAUUGAACGAAGCCAAAAACGUAGUUGCAGAUCUGAAAGUGAAUGCGGCGGAACAACAAGUAAAAUUGUCAGAGAAACAAGGAAAAGCUAAUAAAGCCUUGGAUAUGAUCAGUAAUACCAUGAAGAAUGCAAAUGUGCAUAAGGAAGAAAUGGAAACAUUGAAGAAGCAAACAGAAGCUGAAAAUAUACAACUAGUGAAAAGGAAAAAGGAAAUUGAAACUGAAUUGGCUGAAGUGGAACCGUUAAUACAGCAAGCUCGUCAGGCGGUUGGUAACAUUAAAAAUGAGUCUUUAUCAGAAAUUCGCUCAUUGCGAGCCCCUCCUGAAGUGAUCAGAGAUAUUCUCGAGGGUGUAUUACGUUUAAUGGGAAUCCAAGACACUUCUUGGAAUAGUAUGAAAACAUUCCUAGCAAAACGCGGUGUCAAAGAGGAUAUUAGAUCAUUUGAUGCAAGCAGAAUCACACCCGAUAAUCGACAAUCCGUUGAGAAAUUGGUGCAAAAUAAGAGCGAGUCAUUUGAUCCUAAAUCAGCUAAACGGGCAUCCGUGGCUGCUGCUCCCUUAGCUGCAUGGGUUUUAGCAAAUGUCAGAUAUUCUAAGGUCGUAGAGAAGAUUAGACCUUUAGAACGAGAACAAAAUAAGCUGCAACAAAAUCUAACAGACGCUGAAUCUCAGUUGAGUGAAUUGAGUGCUGGUCUUCUGGAUGUGGAUGCGACCGUUGCCAAACUGAAAGGUCAAUUAUCAACUUUCACAAGGGAAGCUGCAGAGCUAGAAAUAAAGCUGAACGCAGCCGAGGAAACGCUGAAUUCUGCAAAGGGACUAGUUGAAAAGUUAAGCGAUGAGUAUGAUAGGUGGCAGACACAGUCAAAAGAAUUGGAUGAUGACCUGAAAAAAUUAAGCACUUUCAGUUUAUUAUCAUCUGCUUUUAUAACUUACUUAAGCGGAGAACCGGAAAAUAGAAGAAUUAUCAUUUUGAAAGAAUGGAUUGAAUCACUUGGUGGAAAUAUAGAGUUUUCAUUAGAAACAUUCUUAAGCUCAGAAAGGGAACAAAUGCAAUGGCAAAGUGAAGGUUUAUCCGCUGAUCGUUUAUCUAUACAAAAUGCAAUUUCUACUGUAAAGUCCAAACUAUGUCCAUUCUUAAUAGACCCAACAUCUAUGGCUAUAAACUGGAUUAAGAACAAGUUUAAAAAUACCAAUCUAGAAUACACCACUCAGGAUUUCGCUAAAUUUAAUAUUUCGUUAGAAUUAGCAAUUAGAUUCGGUAAAACACUUUUGAUCGAAGAAGUUGAAACUGUUUCACCAAUACUUUUUGCGAUAUUCAAAAAACAAUUUACGUAUCAAGGAGAACGCGUCUUGAUUAACUUAAAUGGGAAACUAAUUGAUUAUCAUAAAGAUUUCAAAUUGAUCUUGAGUAGCAGAAAUUCUCAUCUACAAUUGCAAGCAGAUUUACUGGCAAUUUUGAACAUGAUCAAUUUCACCACAACAAACGAUGGUCUAACAGAACAAUUGUUAGAAAGCGCCAUCAGGCAAGAAAGUCCAGAAUUAGAAAAUAGAAGGAAGGUGUUGUUGAAGGAAAGGGAAGAGUUGCAGGAGAAACAAUAUAAUUUGCAAAACAGAUUAUUGGAAGAUUUGGCCAGUUCAGCAGGAGAUAUUCUGCAAAAUAAGAAUUUGCUGAGCUCACUUGAAGAAACAAAAGCAAGUUCAACGGCAAUCAACUCUGCUUUGAUCGAAUCCAAUCAAGUGCAAACUAAGUUGAGAGAAGAAUAUAAUAUUUAUAAAGACAUUUCAAAGUUCGGAAGUUCUUUGUAUUUCGCUGCAGCGAAUUUUGCGAAGAAAAACGUUUUAUACUCAAUUUCCGUAUCUUCAUUCACAACUCUAUUUUUGAUGUCUCUACCAUCCACUGAGGGAUUAAAUACAGACAACUAUUCGCAUAAAAUUAUGAUUCAAAAUUUGUAUAAUUACAUGGGGCGAGGAAUUUUCAAGGGCGAUCGUUUAACGUUCUUAAUGCAUUUGAUCCACCGAAUGUUCCCAGAAAAUAUUCCGAUUACCGAGUGGAACUUCUUUUUGGGCAAUGCUAUUGUCGGCGGCAAAUCGCAAUUUGAUCGAAGUUCACUAUCCUGGUUACCAGAACAACAGUUAUCUCAAGUGCUUAUUCUUCAGAUGACGUUGCCGCAAGUGUUUAACAAUCUUCAAUUGAAUGACGGUAAUUUAUGGAAGAGUUUCAUGGAAACAGGCGAUGCUGAAACGAAUAUUCCAAAGCACUGCAAAUUGAGUGAAUUUGAAAAGGUGAUCACAAUCCAAGCGCUAAGACCUGACCGUUUAUAUUCAGCAAUGUGCCAUUUCGUUCUACAAAUGACAGGUAUACAAAAUCUUAAUUUGGAUGUAAUGAGAUUAGCGCAGGUGUAUAAAGAAACCACGAGCAGUCAGCCUAUUUUAUUAAUCACAACUUCUGGAAAUGAUCCAUCUCUUGAAAUAAAAGAAUUAGCUGCAAACAUUGUUAACUCUGAUAAAUAUACAGAGAUUUCUAUGGGAGAAGGACAGGAAUCCAAAGCUAUAUCGAUGUUAAAUAAUUCAGUUCAAUUUGGCCAUUGGUUAACGCUGAAAAAUUUGCAUCUUGUUACCUCUUGGCUUCCCAUUUUAUGCCAGCAUUUGCAGUCGAUGGAACCACAUCCUAAUUUUAGACUGUGGCUAGUUACCGAAUCUCACGAUAAUUUCAGUUCGGUUUUAGCCGAAAAUUCUUUAAAAAUUUCUUACGAAGCACCCGCAGGCAUAAAGAGUAAUUUAAUGAAAUUAUACAGUACAUACGGCAAAGAAUAUUUGGAAAAGUUAAAUACAAACACAUCAAAGUUUUUCUUUGUCCUGGCUUGUGUACAUGCAAUACUACAAGAGAGACGAAACUAUAUUCCUCAAGGAUGGUCCAAAUGGUACGAAUUUAGUGACUUGGACUUCUCAACUAUGGUGAAUCUGUCUGAAGAACUUUGGCAGUCGCAGAUACAGUGGAAAUAUAUAAUUGGAUGGAGCAUUGGAGCUGUUUACGGUGGCAGAAUCGACAAGAAACAAGAUUUAACUGUUCUCGAAUCAUAUUUGAGACAAUAUUUCAAUGAUGAAGUAUUAAGUCACAGAUGGAAACCGUUAGGAUUAAACCAAUCGUUGCCAUCCGUGCCUAACUACCAAGAUUACAUAAACAUCAUCAACCAAUUACAAAAUAAAGAUGUUCCAGCCUACUUCGGUUUACCCCAAAACGUGGAUAAAUCUUGGGAGAAAAACGUAUCGACACAAAUUACGCAACAUUUAAAGAGUUUACAUAUUUCUACACAUAUUUCAAACAAGUAUACUAAAGAAAUAUUCCACAAAGGUUUGACUCCUUAUAUAAGCUUGUGGAAAAAAUUAAAUCACGAACAGGAAUUUUUGCGAUUAAACCCGACACAACUGCAAAGUGCAUCAGAGAAUUCUUUGAUUAUGUUCAUUCAAAAUGAGUUUCAAAAUGCUAUCAUUUUGGUGCAGAAAAUUCAUAGAGAUUUUUUUAUUCUCAACAAAAUUUCUAAAGGAUUUCUGACCGCGGAUGAAGUUGAUUUCGAUGUGGCCGAAAGUUUACUAAACGCUCAAACACCAAAUAAAUGGUUAAAAUUAUGGGAAGGCCCCAAGGAACCAUCCAAAUAUUUGAAGGAUAUAAUGAAAAAAAUAUUAACCAUUUCUGAAUGGAACAAACAACAAGAAAGUUAUUACAAUGAUAAUUUAAAUUUAGCACAAUUGUUCAAUCCUGAAACAUUCUUGGCAGCUUUCAAACAGUAUUUUGCAAGGCAAACUAAUAUUCCUAUUGAUGAACUAGAAUUAAAAGCAAUCUGGAAGAGUCGAUCGAAUGUUAUAAGCGUGUCUGGUUUAUUAAUUGAGGGUGCGUUGUUUGAUGGAAUCAAUUUGCUGCAAUGCUCUGAAAACUCAGAUACUCUCAAUACGACACCGAUUUGUUAUAUAACAUGGGAAGAGAAGCAAACGGCGUUAAAUGAUAGUAAAUAUUUAGAUGUACCAUUAUAUUACACACCGAGUCGUGAAAGACAAGUAUGUUCAUUGCAAAUACCAGCAUCUAUAAAAGAAAAAAGUAUGUGGAUUCAAUGUGGCAUAGCUUUUUAUUUGGGAUAUUAAUAAUUUAAAUUUACCGCCACACAUGUACCAACGCACGUCCAACAUAGUUGUUGCCAUUUAGUAAUGCCUAUAACCACAUAUUAUAAACAAUUAGCACCUGUUUUUUUUAUAAAUAGUUUCUUCAUUAA